GAGAAUUGUCUUUAAUAGUUUUAGUAAUUUAUAUUUUUUUAUAAAAUUAAGUUGUCAAUUUUGUUCAAAGCUUUUAUCAAAAAAAGUUUGUUCAAAGUAAAUUUCAAAAUUAAACUAUUUAUAUGUUUUAUAUGGUAUAUAGUAUAAUUUAAAACGAUAUAUAUAUAUAUAUAUAUAUAUGUAAUCUUAAUAAUUAUUAGAUGAGACUUUCUACUUAUAUGAUUUUGUAAUAAUUUGUAUCUUGUCAUAAAAAAUUUAAACCGUGGAUUAUAAAAUUGGAUGUGAGACUUUUAACAGUUUUAUUAAUUUAUAGUUGUUUUCUUAAAUUUCAAAUAUAACAUAUACAGAAAAAUUUAAAUUUUUCUUAUAUGGUUAAUGUGGUUGUUUAAUUUAUUUUAAUAGUUUAAAAUUAAACAAAUAUGAUAGAAGAUACAAUAAUUUUUAUCAAAUCUUUAUUAUUCAAAAUCAUUAAUUAUCAUAUAUAUUUUAGCCACAUUAGGCAAUUUUGUAAGUUUUAUUUACAGAAAUAAUAAAUAACAUUAAUAGUGAAUUUAUGGUUAGUUUAAUAAAAAGUUUUUUAUAUAUUUAAAUAUAUCAAUCUAUUUCUGUAAAGAUUCUAAUAAUCAUUCUAACAAUGACAAAUGGUUACAAAAAAUAUGUUAUAAUGUUUCUCAAUUAAUAUAUAAGAGAUACGACCCACGCACAUGUAUUAUCAUAUGUACUCAUUUUUGUUUUUAAUUUUUAGAUGUCCUUAUUUACGAAAGAACUCCGUCACUAUAUAUUGUCAUCCAAUUAGGAUUCACGAUAUUACUCUCAUCACAAAGCCAUUGAUAAAUACUCUUUCAAAUAAUGGAACCAAAACACAAAGCUUUGCCUGUAGGAUUCAGGUUUCGUCCAACAGAUUGUGAGAUUUCAAAAUAUUUCUUGACGACAAAAGCUCUGGAACAACGAAUGAGAGCUCCCAAUGUACCUGAAGAGUGUCAUGAUAUCUUCUCAAGACGUCCUCGUGACCUGCCUGGCUAUCCAAGAGAAACACAUUGGUACUUUUAUUGCAGAAAACUUGAAGGCCAAGUUACUUUCAACUCUCAUAGUAUUUGGAAACAAAUCGGAGAAGAAACUGGUGUGUUAGAUCCAAAGAAUAAUGAUACAUUAGUCGGUAUCAAACGUCCAUUCACUUUCGUUGAUCAUGAAGAGCCCGACGAUAUUCUUUUGUCAGAUAAAGACGAAUCUCCACAAUACAAUUGGUUCAUGGAUGUAUUUAGCCUCCCGUUGACAAUUUCAGAGACUGAUUGGGUUUUGUGCCAUGUUUUUCGCAAGAAUAACGAACCUGAAUCCGAAGAAGAAGGAGAAAAUGAAGAAAAAGAAACGGUUGAUGCAGAGAGUUUGGAUCUUCUUAUAGAGAAAGAUGGAAAUAUUCUUCCUCCAUCUCCUUCUCCACCUUAGCUUCUUCUGAUGGCUUGCUUUAUGAAGAUGUUCUUAAAAACGGGUGGGUUAGUUUUUUUAAGAAUUAUUAUUAUACUUAUUAUGUAGUUUUGUCACGAAUAAAAAAAAAUAAAGAACAAAUUGUAAAGACCAGUUUAUAAGAAUCGGAAUGAAAGCACAACAGAAUCUCAUCAGUAAUAAUAAUAAUAGUUCUUUGAAUCAGAGCAUUAGAUUCUCAAUACAUUAUCAUAGUCCAAAACUUUAUCACCUAGUUGCUGCAGACCUAAAUUGCCUUUUAGUCCUUUUUCAGAUUUGAGAAAGAAAUUUUGAAGAAGAAAAGAGUGGCUUUCAAAAACACGUUUAUACGUAAUAAUUUAUUAUUUUUACCAAAAGAUGGUAAUUUAUUACAUGCACGUAAGAAAACUCUAAAACUAAUUAAAAAAAAAACUACAAUAGUUAUCAUACUUAUUAGAUAGUACGUAGUUAAAAAAAUCAUAUAAUGUUAUGAUUUUGGGUUUAGCUUCCAGAGCAUUUGAAUUCAUGUAGUAAUAUAUUGUUCUGGACAGUUGGCCCAAAAC